CCGCUGGCUGGAGACCGUGGGAGGGCGGGCGGCCGGGCUGCCGGGUGGCGAGGGCGUGCUAUCCGCCAUGUAUUUCCGCUUCCUCUCGGCCCCGUCCUAUGAGGUUGGACCGGCUUGUUGUGGGGAGGGCGGGGGCAGGUUGUUUGGACCUUCGCGCACGGUAAGGUAAACUGAGGCAGAGCUGUGCGUGAGGCACCCGUGCGCCCGACUGCGCCGGCGGCCUGGGGCCGGUCUCGGAGUGUUCGCAGGCUGGAGAAAGACGAGCAGCUCCCCAGAGACCUCGCCGCAGCCUCGUUCGGGCCCAGCCGCGUCUCCAGCUGCCGCCCCGCCCGUGGCGCCCGCCUCCGCCCUCCCGAAUGGUGUGCUUCCUCGCAGGCCUCGGCCCCGGAUCCAGGCCCUCCGCCCCCCGCCUCGGAGCAGCAGCUCCACGAGGCUGGGGGGGAAGAACUUGGGUGCAGCCAAGGCUCUAGCCGCAGGGACCCCCUGACGACUGGGAUCGCGGCCUCUAAUCCAGUGCGAGCCCCGCCUGUGUCCCCUCUGCCAGGCCUUGAGGAGAGAGACCCUUCCUGCCGCCCAGAGCCCGGGAGGCCUCAAGCUGGGGCCCUGGGCCCAGCAUGUCAGCCCCCUCCUGUGUAUAGGGCUGUGCCCUCUUCCCGUCAGCAUGGCGGAGCUCCGGCAGGUCCCGGGGGGGCGGGAGACCCCUCAGGGGGAGCUGCGGCCGGAGGCGGGGCCGGAUGAAGGCCCCCGCAGCCCAGUCUCGGAGGAGCCCCGCGGGGACGGCAGCAGUAGCAGUGAGGCCAAAGUGUUUCCCGGGGAGGAGGAAGAGCUGGAUCCUAGAAUACAGGAGGAGCUGGAGCACCUGAACCAGGCCAGCGAGGAGAUCAACCAGGUGGAGCUACAGUUGGACGAGGCCAGAACCACCUAUCGGAGGAUCCUGCAGGAGUCAGCGAGGAAGCUUAACACGCAGGGCUCCCAGUUGGGGAGCUGCAUCGAGAAGGCCCGGCCCUACUAUGAGGCUCGGCGGCUGGCUAAGGAGGCCCAGCAGGAGACGCAGAAGGCAGCCUUACGAUACGAGCGGGCUGUGAGCAUGCACAACGCCGCCCGGGAGAUGGUGUUUGUGGCCGAGCAGGGUGUCAUGGCUGACAAGAACCGGCUGGACCCUACGUGGCAGGAGAUGCUCAACCAUGCCACCUGCAAGGUGAACGAGGCAGAGGAGGAACGGCUUCAUGGUGAGCGGGAGCACCAACGGGUAACGCGGCUGUGCCAGCAGGCUGAAGCUCGGGUGCAGGCCCUGCAGAAGACCCUCCGGCGGGCCAUUGGCAAGAGCCGCCCCUACUUUGAGCUGAAGGCUCAGUUCAGCCAGAUCCUGGAGGAGCACAAGGCCAAGGUGACAGAGCUGGAGCAGCAGGUUGCUCAGGCCAAGACUCGCUACUCGGUGGCCCUGCGCAACCUGGAGCAGAUCAGCGAGCAGAUUCACGCGCGCCGGCGGGGCCUGCCCCCUCGCCCGCCUGGCCCUCGGCGCUCUUCCCCUGUGGGCGCUGAGGCCAGGCCCCAGGAGGAGGAGGACGGAGACAGUGGGAUCAUUGAGGGGGCCGAGGGUGAGGCCCCAGAAGAGGGCUGCAGCCUGGGGCUUGGUCCUGCCCCUGAUGCAGACACGGACAGAGGAACAUUUGUAUCUAGGAUGGAAUGGAGGCCAGAGUGGCAGAGUUUGGCAAAAGAAGACAAACUCCUUUUUCCUCAGCUGCUUCUUCAUCACACAUGCUUUCAGCCACCCUGUCCCCAUUCCUCUCUCCUUAGGGGUCCUCUCCACUCCACACGCAGCAGAAGGGCAUGUCAGCCAUGUUGGGGCCUACCCUUCUCCAGAGUGUUGCUGCUGUGGAGAGGCCAGGAGCCCCGCUGCCCCUGUGCUGGGCAGGAGUGUGCACCCUGCUCUCCUAUUUGGCUUUCAGCUGACCUCUACUCAACUCUGCUUCCACUUUGGACAGGAUUUCUGAAGCCUCUGAUCACAAAACUUUCCUUCUCCCUCAAAACAGUUGUAUUUAGCAGAAGGGACUGUGGUGACUCAGUUGGAAGGAACCCGUCCAACAAGAAAGGUCACAAGGCCUUAGAAUGGUCUCUUUCGGAGGGAAGCUAUGUCUUCAUGGCACCAACAAAAACAAACUCAAGAUUUUGUUGUGUUUUUUUUUUUUUAAAUGCAGCCAGCUAUUUAGCUUACUUGCCACCUUGGAUAUGCUGUUUGUUUAUCUUUUUUUUCUGAAUUAAAUUGAAUAUAUUAAAGGCACAUCCAGAGAAAAUGUGAAAGGCAAGUAAAUUGGUAUGGAAGCGUAAAUGGAGGGGAUGAGAGGAAAUACUGUGCAACUAGAAGAAUUGGUACAAAAGUGGUGAAGAUAGGUGCACUCAGCGGCAGGGAGGGACCUCAGAGAUGAAGCAGGAGCAUGCCCAGGUGAUUCAGCCAGUAGCAGGAUGGUGCUCUGAGGUGCUUGGACACUCACUGAGCGCAGGUCAGAUUUAUAAUCCUUACCUUGACCUAGCUCAAGGUCCUACCUAGGGUGUGGGCCCUUCCUGGAGCUGUCUGCAUUUUAUGACCCUCUGCCAGCUAGAAGUUUAUGGCUCUGAUGUCAGGAAAAUCACUGAUAAACCUUGUUUCAAACAUGCUCCAACCCCAACUGGCUCUAACAGGGUUUGAUAUCUCAUAAUUGGAAGCCAGAUACGAGUGAAUGCAAUAUGUAGGCAGGACCCAUUGGAGACACGGGGAGGGUAGAACUUCCUCCUGGAAGUAGCCAUCCUAUAACCAGGUAGGAAGACCCAGAGGACUGUGCUCAGGAUGUGCCCCAGGCCCUCUGGGCAGCUCUGCACCAUUAAUUCUAUGAGGAUUUGUGUGCCUGGAACCCAGCUGACACUGAUGGGGCCAGUCUAAUCAAAACAGUCAUGUUUUCUUGAGGACUGUGGGUUCUGAGAAUUUUGGGGUUUUUUUGUGAGGUAUGAUCAGUUAUGGGCAUGAACAUCUCACAGUGAAGUGAGAACGGUAGAAAUGUCUCUCACCCACCUUUCAUCACUCCGAGAUCCUGGCCCAGAGAGGAUUCUUCUAGAACUCUGGUUUCUAAAGUGGGUUCUCCAAACCAGCAACAUAAAUAUCACCUGCAACUUCUUGGAAAUGCACAUUCUCAAGUCCCUGGGUCAGAAACGGGGUGGGUUGAGAUGGCGCCCAGUGUGUUAAUAUGGCAAACACAGUCACUUCAUUCCCCUUUUAUUCACCAGUGAGAUGGCACCCAGUGUGUUAAUAUGGCAAACACAGUCACUUCAUUCCCCUUUUAUUCACCAGGUCACCUGGUCUAACUUAAUGGGGGAGGGUGUCUGGUGUAUUUUAGGCGAUAGGAAAAACAGGCUAUGAACAUUAUCAGGGAGGUGACAGAAGUUGGGUUUGCUGUUUCUGUUUUUGGAAUGCAAGUCUGAAAAAUAAGGUCUUUGGAACAUAAGCAGAGUGCCUUUGCCACACCAGACUAAAUUGAUAAUUUUUUAGUGUCAUCUGUUAAACCAAAUUAAAAUUUCCCCAAUUGCCUCAUCAUUGCCUUAACACUGGGUGGUCUCAGGCUUCAAACAAGCCCCAGACGUUGCAUUUGGAGUGUUAGGUAACUUCAGUUCAGUCUGUGUCUGAGGUUUUAGUUGCCACUGUAAAGCUGUGGACAAAAAAAGGGGCCACAUACCAAUUUAAACCUUACACAUUUAUGGGCGGCCUGCAUGGCAGCCUUACAAACUCAAGAGACCAAAAGAACCCCAUAGAGUGGUCUGAAAUUAAAAAAAUUUCUAACUAAAAAUAGUUCAGGGAGGGUAGUCAUGUGCUACGGCAGUAUUUUUUCCUAACAAAAGUCAAAUCUUCACCUUAACUAAGCCUGUUGUCUUUUGCUUCUAAGAUAACAUACCUUUGGAAUAUCAGAUUUUUUUUUUCUGGACCCCUCAAAGCAUAACCAACACCAGAGCAGAGACCACAAAUCUCAUUGUCUUACACCCACAAAUGUAAAAGAAGUACGAGUCUAUAGAAAAAAUGCUCAGCUUCACUAAUCAUCAGAGGGAUGCAAAUUAAAACUACAAAACGAGUUAUUACCUCACAUCUGAGAUAAUGGCUACCAUCAAUAAAUAAGUGCUAGUGAGGAUGCUGACAAAAGGGAACCUUAGUGCACUGUGAUGGGAAUGCUGACUGGUGCAGCCACUGCAAAAAGUUAAAAAUGGAACUGCCAGGGCGUUCCAAGAUCACUGUGGAGUAGGUGAAAUCAGCACACCUGAUGCCGAACUGGAUUUACAGCUAAAAUUUAGAGCCAUCAACCUGAAGAAACCACUGAAGAACACCUACACAGGAGUCUGGAAAAAGGAAGCUACACAAAGGCUGGUAAGAAGGGUGGAGAUGCGGAGAGGGCUAGCCCCUGCACCCAGGUGCAGCAGCUGAGAAUCCAAAGGGAUAUUGUGGUUGCAAAAGUCCCUCCUGAGGAAAGUGGGGUGAACCCCACACUGGGACCACCAAACCAGAGCACCAGGGCUGGGAAGAGGAGCCUGCAUAGCAUCUGGCCGCAGAAAUAAGUGAGGACUUUGUCUGCUGGAAAGAGGAAGGAGUCUAGAACCCAGGUGCUUAAGGGCCAACACACAAGGGCUUGGGCACUCACCUGGGGCCCCGGUUAGAGGGAAGGAGACUUGGCACAGGGAAGCCAUAAAGGGAAGAACUGGGUGGCAUAGCUCCAGAGAUCUGGAUUAUAGGCUACUGAGGUCUGGUCCUGAGUCAACAUCCCAUCUGGCCCUUGGAUGCCACCUGCCAGGGUCAAGCUCUUCUAUCCUUUCAGCUCCAGCUGGAGGAAGUGUACUAAUGCUGUCCUCCAAAGACUGGUGACACCACCUGCCAAGAUUGAAUCCAGGAAAAAGGACUAUUGGCUGUACCCAAUACAGACCUGAGGUGGGCUCUCUUUCUGGAGAAGCUAUAAACACUCAUGAUCAUUGAACUGAUUAGUUUUGGAACAAGGGCCAAUUUUCUCCAACUCACGGCUUAGGCAGGUGUCACCUCAAAGGAAGACCUCCUUGUCAGGUUCUGAGGCAGCGGGCAGCUGCAGAGCUAGGGGGAGGUGUGCACUAGCACCCCUCCCACAGCUCUGUGCCACUCCCAAUGGAGGGCUGACUUGAUUUGCAUUCCUAAAGCCUGCUGGCCCCAUUCUGCUAAGCUCAGAUCU